GGCAGUGCAGCCGCAUCUUCCCUCCCCAGCUUGGCACACUACAAAUCAUUCACGGCAACGGCACGGCCGUGGGGACGGUGAUAACAUUCCAGUGCUCUGCCGAGCACCAGCUGGAGGGACCAGGCAUCAUCACCUGCAUUUGGAAAGGAAACGGUACCCAAUGGACAGCUGGAGUGCCCUCCUGCAAGCCCAUAUCAAAAUAUGAGACUUUUGGAUUUAAGGUCGCAGUGAUUGCCUCCAUCGUGAGCUGUGCUGUCAUUCUCCUGAUGUCCAUGGCUUUUUUAACUUGUUGUCUUAUCAAGUGUGUGAAGAAAAGUGAAAGGAAGAGGACUCAAAGAGAUAUGCAGCUGUGGUACCAGCUCAGAACUGAAGAACUAGAGCACAUGCAAGCUGCUUACUUUUGUUUUAAGGGAAGAAACAACAACAACAAUAAGAAACUCAGGAAUAAAUCCGUAUUUGAUGAUGUGACUAACACAGCAUAUGAUACCCAAGGCUUCUACAGGUUCCAGGAGGAGUGGACUCAGGACAUCAUAGCUCCUGGGUGUUACAAAGACAAUGACCAUCUUCCUAAGUUAACCAAGAGCAGUAGUGCACCUGUGAAACAAGCUGUACCAGGACACAACACUGCGGUACAGAUAGUGGAUUCAAUACAUGUUGUUGAAGUCUAUGGACAUAAGGAUAAUUAUAGUUGUAACAAACCGAGCUGUCAGAUACCUGGAUAG